UCUGGCUACGUUAUAUAUAGAAAAGUUUGCAUGUGCGGCUGGAAGCGGUCACACGUAGUCUUCCGUAUAAACAAAUUCUUAAAGAUGGAUCAAAACGGCGUCGACUUUUCAUACGCUACCAUGUGCAGUGAUGUGACGCUGUGUGCGAACAAUAAGGGUUUUUUUAAGAACUUCGCAGAAGAAAUGGUUUCAUUGGCAGAAAUUGAUGGAUGGUUGGAUGACUUUGAACUUAUUGAGGACAAGGAAAAAGUCCUAGCAGUAAGGAAUAAUCAAAAAAUUAUGGAACCUAUCAAUGAGUUAUUAUCUAGAAUUCAACCCUUAUUCCGAGGUAAGGACGCAAGAGUAUCGCAUGAAAAGAAAACUGCAGCUGUGAUAGCCUUAAAGAAUGGAGAUCUCGUUAAAAGUCUUUCUCUAGCCAACCAAGCCGUGCUUCGAGCUCCAAUGACUGCGAUACGAGGACACGAGACUAUCAUCUCACCUGUCGGUACCGAUGAAAUAAUAGAUAGUGGUAUAACACUCGCUUUAAGCCUCUGGGUUCGUUCGGAAGUUUUGUUAAGUCUAAACCGUCCGAAACCAGCUUUAGAAGACCUUAAGCUAGCUUUGAAAGAACGGCUUCCAGCUCGUAUGAGAGCAGAUUAUUAUUGGAGGAUGGGCCACUGUUACAAGGGUACUGGUGAAACAACACGAGCUAAGGUUUCAUAUGAAUUAGCUAGCCGGUUAUUGGGGGAUAAAAAAGAAGCAAAAAUUCAACUAGCUAAUGAUAUCGAAUCAUUAAAACACUCUACACAAUCCGAAAGUCCUUCCAAACUGAAAGAACCUCAACUCACAAGCGGUGCAACGUUAAAUUUACCAGCUCUUUCAAAAUUAUUAAAAAUUACUGAAGAUAACGAAAAGGGCCGUUACGCAGUUGCUAAUGCUCCAGUAAAAACCGGUGACAUAGUUUUAGUUGAAAGUCCCUACGCUGCUUGUUUACUCGCUGAUUGCCAUGGCUCUCACUGCCUUCAUUGCUUUGUAAGAUUAGAAGAUUUUGAGGACUCGGCUCCAAUAUGGUGUCCCAAUUGCUCAGGAGUAGCAUUUUGUUCGAUACAAUGUCGAGAUGCUGCAAUUUCCACAUAUCAUUUAUACGAGUGCCCGUUUUUUAACCUAUUUAUUGGUUCCGGAAUGUCGGUACUUAGCCACAUUGCUCUCCGUAUGGUAACCCAAGCCGGACUGGACACAAGUCUUUCAAUACAUUCGAAGUUUUUAAGCAAUGAAGUUAAGACUAUACAGAGUCCGGUAUUAAACGAUGUUGAAGGAGAAAAAAAAAAGUUUAAGAUAAAAAGUAGAAAAGAGAGAUUGAACAGAACAAGAAAAGGUAUGAACAUUAUCGAAAAUAAAACUUCCGAUACACAAGAAAUUGAACCACAAAUUAAAAAUGAGACGAGUUACAAUGAAAAGAUAGAAAUGGCAGCUGAGCAAAUUUAUUCACUGCUGGCUCAUUCACGACAAAGGAAGGGAGCAGAUUACCUAAAGCGUAUAAUUAUGGGCAUGUUUCUAACGGAAUGUUUGAAGAAAACCGAUUUUUUUAAAAAUUGUGAAAAAGAAAAUAUAACAAGAGCUGAAAUAUCAAUUUGCGAAUUGAUAGUUCGUAACUUGCAAUUAUUACAAUUUAAUGCCCACGAGAUCUAUGAAACAGUGCGUGGAGAACAUCAAUUUAGAGGAUCUAAACCAGUCUACAUAGGCGUAGGAAUUUAUCCUACAGGAGCCUUAUUUAAUCACGAAUGUUAUCCCGCAGUGGCACGAUAUUUCUAUGGUAAAAAAAUGUCAUACCGCGCGAUACGACCUCUUGAACCAGGAGAGAUUGCCGCUGAGAACUAUGGACCGCAUUUUUUGAUGCGCACGCUUAAGGAACGCCAAAGGAUGCUGACGUGUCGAUACUGGUUCAGAUGUCAAUGUAUAGCCUGCGUUGAGGAUUGGCCGACUCUCAAAGAAACUGAAUCUAAAUCACCAAUAUACUUGAGGUGUCUCAAUAAGAAGUGCCACGGAAAAAUUAAAGUUAUCAAAAAUCCAACAAACUUGAAGUGCCCGAAAUGUUCUAUGGCCUUUAAUAAGACUUCUUUGAAAGAAUGUUUAAACGAGGUUGACAUAGUUCUCUCGCAGUACGAGGCAGGUGCGAAGCUAAUGGAACAGCAGCGGCCCCAAGAUGCUAUCGAAAUAUUCUCAAAAGCCAUUGAUUGCUUUUAUGACUUUGCAAUGCCUCCACAUCGAGAAACACAUAUAGCACAAGAAUCGCUAAGGUCGUGUUAUGCUACAUUUGGAAACACCCAUAUUUUAAAAGAAAAAUGAUGUCAACCCUUGUUAACAGGUCAAUACUGUAAUAAAAACCUUUUAUCUCGUAAAAAAAUUUAUUAAUGAAUACUAAUGGUAUACAAUGAAUAUUAAUAACUAUAUUCUGUUUUACAUUACAAGAAGAAUAUUGUUAUCAGAAGACAGAAAGAUCAAUGAAUGAUAACAGUGACCCUUUGUAACAAAAGGCGGCGCUACUCAGUAACAAAACUCUUUUGUACUUCAUAAUUAUGACAGAUGGACAUUAACUGACGAUUGAACUUGAAUCGAAAAUUUUCGCAAUAAAUUUAUCAAAACAAAAGACUUAAAUGAGAAAACUUUACAAGAAAUAAAAGUGCGUAACUAUAUCUACUUGCUCGUUCAUAUCUUUAAAGCGAAAUGUGCCACGCUUAUAAGCGCGCAUCCCAGAAAUCAUUCUAUACCAAAGAUUUAUAGUUGAUAAAAAUACAUUUUUAAUAGUACAUGACUUAGAUAAUGUGGGUAUAUAUUAUAUAUAUUCGAUAUAUAUCAUCUUUGGACUGUUCUAUGGAUUAUCGAAAAAGCUUUUGCAUGCACAUUCCUGUUGAUCCUCUCCAUCGCCCUCACCAUCCCCAGUACUAGAUACAGUUCGCCUGAGAGUCUGAACCUGUGUCUGCAAACCAAGCACACGUAAUUGCGCCUGUUCAAAGUUUUCAUUCAACCUCUUUAUCUGGCACUGCAUGCGACAUUGCAACUGUAAAAAAUAAUAAACCAUUCUUUAAACCCUGAUAACGAUUAUUUCGGCCCAAUAAUUAAGUUAAUUUAAGUCUAGAUUUCUAGACCAAUUGAUUGUUAUUCUUACUUCUUCUCUUUCUUUUUCUGCUGUUUUCACUUGUGCUCUCGUUGCAGCCAGCUGUCUUUCUAGUUCACCUAUUGUAGUCUGCAUGCAUCUGAAAACAAGAAAUAAUUAAACUGUUUAAACGUUCGCUUAAAGCAAUUUCCUUUCGGAAAAUUGCAUGUUCAGCUUAUACGUGUCUUAAUUAGUUACAUUGAGGCAUGGUAGUUCAAUACUAAUUUGAAAACCGAUAUAAUUUAGUAUAUACACAUCUAGCGGUAGUAAAAUACAUUUGUGAUUAAACAUUAAAAUAACAUAUUUAUUAAUAGAGAAAUAUACAAGUCAUAUGUGUUCAUAUUUACUUGCGCAAGGUCUCAGUACGUUCGUUGGCUCGUUGCAAUGCUCUAGCUGCCUCGUCACGCGCUCGGUCCAAUUCACCGCCAAUCUGAGCGCACUCAUGCAUUUUCUCUUGGAGACGCUUUUCAUUCGCCAGUACCGAUUCUUCCAUUCGUAUUACGUUAGACCUGUGAAGACAUUUUAAAGUGCCAUUUAUAGUCUGAUUCUUACAGGGAGACUUUUACAUUUACUAUUUGUAUUUUAUUAAUGAAACAUAAUAUGCAGUGUGUAAUUUUUUGGAUCAUAUUUUGACACAAAAAUAGAGAUCAUAAAACCAAUAUAAAAUAAUAAGAAGAGAA